ACCUCCAAGCUUGAUUUCUCAUCUUGGCUAUUGUCACUUUCCAAUCACAACCCCGGCGAAAAACAGUAACAGGUAUGGUGCGAUAGCUUCUCUCCUGAUAUGGACUGGGGUCAUGUCGGCCUGGCCUUCGACCCCUCAUUUCUCUCUCAACAUCACAACCACGCAACACCGUAACAAAGUUUCACCACUCUCCGUGAACUUGCCACACCAAUCCAGGUUGUUUCCAACUUCCCGACUCGGAUAAACCAGCAUUCGCACAAGUUCAAACUCGAAGCCAAACUCAACCUAGCGUCGUUAACAGCAGGCGGACCUCGCCGAUCACCACGGAGCACUCCUUGUUUAUUCCCUCAAACCCACCAUUUAUUCUCCCACAUCGACUCCCUCUUUUUUCAGACUCAUCCUUCCACUCUCGCCAUCAAUCUCAUACGGCCCCGAAGCCAUCAUGCCCGUCACCACAGUCGGAAUAGCAGGCAUAACCGGCCGCCUCGCCCGCCUAAUAACCCAUCACCUCCUCGCCCUCUCCCCCACCCUCACCAUCAAAGGUUACUGCCGCGACCUCUCCACAGCCACCUCCUACCCAACCCUCAAAAACAUCACCAUCACCCAAGGCGACCCAUACGACCCCACCGCCCUACGUCAUUUUGUCUCGGGAUGUGACGUGGUGAUCUGCGGCUUUUUCGGCGACCCCCGCCUCAUGACCGAGGGGCAGAAACUCCUCAUUGAGGCGUGCGAAGCUGAAGGGGUGAAAAGGUAUGUCGCGGGGGAUUGGACGCUGGAUUAUGAUAAACUUCAGUAUGGGGAGCACCCUCAGAAGGAUUGCCAGAAGAGGGUGAAGGAGUUUCUCCAGGAGGACGGGAGGAAGGUCAAGGGGGUGCAUAUGUUGAUUGGGAUUUUUUACGAGACGUUUUGGAGUGAUUAUUUUGGGGUUUUUAGGCCGGGGGAGGGGGAGGGGGUGGUGAUGAGGUAUUGGGGGACUGGGGAGGAGGUUUGGGAGGGGUUGAGUUAUGAUGAUGCUGCUAGGUAUUCUGCCAACGUGGCGCUGGAUGAGGAGGCGGUGGGGGUUGUGACUUUUCUUGGUGACAGGAAGAGUACAAAGCAGCUUGCGGCCGAGUUUGAGGAGGUUUAUGGAGUAGCUCCGAGGUUGGAUUGUUUGGGUACGGUGGAGGAGUUGCAGACCAAGAUGGAGACCACGCGCGAGAAAGAGCCGCAAAAUAUCUUUGCUUGGUUGGCUGAUAACUACCAGACUUAUAUCAUGAACGGACAGACCUAUGUUCCAACCAAACUGGAUAAUGGGCGCUAUCCAGAUGUCAAGCCGCUGACAUUCAAGGAGUUCCUUCAGAACCACAAGGUGGAAGAGUUGAACGGCUUGUAUACUAAGGCGGCUGCAGAUCUCUGAGAAAGCAAGAUCACUGAAUAACGACUGUACGAGAAACGAAGGGAAUAUCAUAGAAAUAAGAAAUCGAAACUUGCCCAAAAUCUAUCAGAUUGACCGGCCCCGAGUCAUCUGAUCGGAUGCGAUGACAUGCAGCUUGGACCCUGAUCCUCCCGGC